AUGAGUUCACUUAAGCGAAAGGAUGCCCCCGGGGGCACUCCUCCAUCCAAAGCAGCAAAGGCCUCCAAGGUGUCCCGGCCCUCGAAGCGCGACGCUCCCAUAAAGGAAAAGAAGACGGCGACCGAGGACGCUCCCGCGCCGAGGCCUCCCGCCGUCUCGGCCUUGCUCAAGGAUGAAGAGCCUCUGUUCCCCCGUGGCGGCGGAAGCGUCCUUACACCUCUCGAACAGAAGAAGAUCACCAUCGAGGCCAAGGCCGAUGCAGCCAAGGAGGAGGCCGAGGCGUUCGACACCAACGUCAAGGGCAAGGCAAAGAAGGAGAAGAGACGGAAAGCAAAGGAAACCAAGGACCUGAAGCCCGCAAGAGACGAGGACGCCGUCAAGAUUGAGGGUCUUAACUUCAAGCGACUGGUAAAGGGCUCUCUGGUGCUCGGCCAAAUCACCCACAUCGACUCCGUCCAGCUUACAGUUGCCCUGCCCAACAACCUCACAGGGCACGUGUCAAUCGCCUCGAUCUCGGACACAAUCAAUUCGAAACUCGAGAAGGAUGUGGAUGCCGCCGACGAGGAGAGCGACGACGACGACGGCGACGACGAUGAGGAAAUCGACUUGCAGACCAUGUUCAAAGUCGGCCAGUACGUCCGCGCACACGUAUUGUCGACCGCAGAAGAAUCGGGCUCCGGCAAGGCGAAACGCCGGAUCGAACUUUCGCUCCGACCUGCCGACGCCAACAGUGGAAUCACCGGCGAUGAUAUCGUUGCAUACACUACGCUCAUGGCCUCCAUCGCCAGUGUCCAGGACCACGGUUACGAGAUGGAUCUGGGCAUCGACGGAGAUCUGAAGGGUUUCCUUGCCAAGAAGGAAGUCGGUCCGGAUAUGGACGAGGCUAGCCUGCGGCCGGGUGCCGUCUGCCUCUGUGUUGUGAAGAGCGUGACUGGCAUUGUCGUCCAGUUGUCGACGGACCCCCUCAAGCUGGGCAACACGUCGCUUGUGGCUUCGACCGCCCCCACGAUCAACUCUUUCUUGCCUGGAUCUCUGGCCGAUGUUCUGCUUACCGAAGUCACCUCGAGAGGCCUGCAGGGCAAGCUCCUUGGUCAUCUGCCUGUCACCGCCGACCUGAUCCACUCCGGCGUCGGUCCUGACGGGGUUGACCUCGAGGCCAAGUAUACCGUGGGCAGCAGAGUCAAGGCGAGAAUCAUCUGCAACUUCCCGGCCGCAAGAGAGCCUAAGCUGGGUAUCUCCCUGCUGCCCCAUAUCGUCAACCUGCAGCCAAAGUCAUCGGGCAAGGGCAGCAGAGCCAAGGCCCCUCUUGACCUGCUCCCCAUUGCCUCCUUUGUCGAGAAGUGCACGGUCCGUAAAGUUGAGCCCGAAAUUGGUCUCUACGUCGACGCUGGCGUUCCCGGUAUUUCUGGUUUCGUGCACAUUUCUCGUGUCAAGGAUGGCAAGGUUGAUGCGCUCUACGAGACCAGCGGCCCCUACAAGGUCGGCUCUGAGCAUCGCGGCAGAGUUGUUGGUUAUAACUCGUUGGAUGGCAUGUUCCUGCUGUCCUUCCAGCAGCAAGUGCUUGACCAGCCCUUCAUCCGCCUCGAGGAUGUCCCCGUCGGAGAAGUUGUUUCGGGCAAGGUCGAGAAGGUUAUUAUCGGCGAGAACGGCGUUAGCGGACUCAUUGUCAAGUUGGCCGAGGGCAUCAGCGGCUACGUCCACGAUUCCCAUCUUGCCGACGUCAAGCUUCAGCACCCGGAAAAGAAGUUCAGAGAGGGAAUCACCGUCAAGGCGAGAGUCCUCUCAGUACGCCCUCGUAAGCGCCAGCUCCGUCUGACGCUAAAGAAGACCCUCGUCAACUCCGAUGCUCCAAUCGUCAAGAACUACGACGAGGUCGAGGUUGGCAUGCAAACGCCUGGAACCAUCACGAGUUUCACUGCAGGCGGUGCUCAGCUCGAAUUCUUCGGAGGUAUACGGGGCUUCCUCCCCGUGUCUCAGAUGAGCGAGGCCUACAUCAAGGAUCCCAGAGAGCACUUCCGUAUUGGCCAGGCAGUCAGUGUCCAUGUGCUUGAUGUGAAUCCCGAGGAGCGCAGGAUGGUCGUUUCUUGCAAGGACCCUUCGGCCUUUGGUCUGGAUAAGCAAGCUGCGCUCAAGGCGCUGAAGGUUGGCGAUAUUGUCUCUGCCAAAGUCAGCCAGAAGACGGAAGACGAAGUCUUUGUUGACCUCGAGGAGAGCGGCCUCAAGGCCAUCAUCCGCACAGGCCAUCUGUCAGACAAGUCUGCUAGCAAGACUCAGGCUGCCUGGAAGCGCAUCAACGUCGGAAACACUCUGUCCGAGCUCGUGGUACUUGACAAGAACGAACGCCGUCGUGCCGUCAUCCUCUCCCAGAAGCCUAGCUUCGUCGAGGCCGGCAAGAACGGCAAGCUUCUCUCCAAUGCCGAGGAUGCUACCGUCGGCACUGUUGCCCCGGCUUACGUCCGUGAGAUCGGUCCCUACGCCGUCUACGUCCAGUUCGGUGGCAGCCUCACUGCUAUUUUGCCCAAGACCAAGUUGCCCAAGGAUGCGCAGGAGAAGGAGGCGUUCGGCAUGCGCAAGCACCAGAGCAUCGAAGUCAAGAUCGUGUCUUCUAAACCGGAGCAAAACCGCAUCAUUGUUGCCCCUGCGUCUGCCGAUGAGCCCGAGCCAGUUGCGGCCGAGUCUGCGGUGAACUCGGUGGACGAUAGCAUCAAAACCAUCAACGAUGUUGCUCUCGGCACGAUACUAAACGCCAAGGUCACCUCCGUUAAGGAUACUCAGCUGAAUGUCAAGGUCGCCGACAACAUCCAGGGCCGUAUCGAUGUUUCGCAAUUCUAUGACAAGUGGGACGACAUCACGAACCGCAAGAACCCUCUGCAAAAGGUGAAGGCAAACGAGAUCAUCCGCGUCCGCGCCAUCGGUAUUCACGAUUCCAAAAACUACCGCUUCCUGCCGUUUUCUCAUCGCUCUUCGCAUUCUCUCAUUGAGUUCACCGCCAAGAAGAGCGACCUCGAGGCCAAGGAAGUCGAGUUGCUCUCGUAUGACAAGAUUGAGGUCGGCUCAUCUCACGUCGCAUUCGUCAACAACCACGGUAAGAACUGCUUGUGGGUCAACCUGUCCCCUUCUGUCCGUGGCAGAAUCAGCAUCAUGGACGUUUCGGACGACUUGUCCCUCGCUGGAAACCUUGAGAAGCACUUCCCCGUUGGGUCUGCUCUCAAGGUCCGCGUCUUGUCCGUUGAUGCCGAAAAGGGACACCUGGACCUCUCUUCUCGUUCUUCCACAGGCUCUACCGAGGUUACCUGGGAUUCUCUGAAGAAGAACGUAGCGCUUCCUGGCAGGGUCACCAAGGUGACCGAUCGUUCUGUCAUGGUCAAACUCGGCGACUCUGUUUCUGGUCCUGUCCACCUGGUCGAUCUCAGCGACAACUACGAUGAAGCAAACACUCUCAAGUACAACAAGGGCGAGAUCAUCCGAGUAUCGGUUGUCGAGGUAGACAAGAGCAACAAGAGGCUCAGACUCUCUACCCGCCCGUCUCGGAUUCUUAGCUCCACCUCGCCUGUUGUCGACCGCGAGAUCACCAAGCUCUCUCAGAUCUCCUCUGGUGACAUAAUCAGGGGCUUCGUCAAGAACGUCACUGACAAGGGCGUCUUUGUGCAGCUCGGAGGUACCGUCUCCGCUCUGGUAAAGAUCAGCAACCUCUCGGACCGCUACAUCAAGGACUGGAAGGGCAACUUCCAGGUCGAUCAACUGGUCAAGGGCCGUGUCAUCAACGUCGACGCCGCGAUCAACCAGGUGGAGCUUAGUCUCAAGGCUUCCGUUGUCGAGAACGAUUACACGCCCCCCGUAACUUAUAAGGACAUGAAAGAGGGUCAGAUCGUCACCGGCAAGGUCCGCAAGGUUGAGGAGUUUGGCGCCUUUAUUGUCGUCGAUAACUCGCUCAACGUUAGUGGCCUGUGCCAUCGCAGUGAGAUGGCCGAGAAGCCCGUGGAGGACGCUCGCAGGCUUUACAGUGAGGGCGACGUGGUGAAGGCCAAGGUCCUUUCUGUGGACGACGAGAAGAGACGUAUUACAUUCAGCCUCAGGCCCAGUCACUUUGACGAGGACAGCGAUAUGGAGGACGUUAAUGGAGGUGCUGAACUCGACAGCGACGAAGACUCUGAUAUUGAGAUGGGAGAUGGCGGCGUCCAGCUUACGAUCAGCGGAACAGACAACAUUGACGACUCGGACGAGGAGGACGAGUCGGCAGAGGAGGACGAAGAUGACAGCGACGCUGAGAUGGACGAGGUCGACACAGCUACUGGCAAGGGCCUCAGUGGUGGCAAGUACGACUGGACAGGCGACGCAUUCGACGACGAAUCAGACAACGAGUCAACAGGCAAGUCAAAGAAGUCGAAGGCGACGGGGAAGAAGGAAAAGAAGAAGAGCGGAAUCCAGGUCGAUCGCACGGCCGACCUCGACGCUCACGGGCCCCAGACGGCUACCGACUACGAGCGUCUUCUAUUGGGAGAGCCUGACUCGUCUCAGUUGUGGAUUGAGUACAUGGCCCUGCAGAUGAAGAUCAGCGAGCUGGCCAAGGCACGUGAAGUCGCCGAGCGCGCCAUCAAGACCAUCAACAUCCGCGAGCAGACGGAGAAGCUCAACGUCUGGAUUGCGUACCUCAACUUGGAGGUCGCUUACGGCACCAAGGCGUCGACUGAGGAGGUUUUCAAGCGUGCUUGCCAGUACAACGAUGAACAAGAGGUUCACGAGCGCCUGGCUAGCAUUUACAUCCAGUGCGGAAAGCUCAAGCAAGCGGAUGAUGUGUUCCAGUCACUGGUGGCCAAGUUCAAGUCAAAGUCACCCAAGGUGUGGGAGAACUACGCCCACUUCUUGCACGUGACGAUGAACGAGCCGGACCGGGCGCGCGCUCUUCUGCCUCGCGCAACUCAGGCGUUGGAGGAGCGCCACACGGCACAGCUGAUGGCCAGUUUCGGCGCCCUCGAGUUCAAGUCGCCCAACGGCGAUGCAGAGCGUGGCCGCACAACGUUCGAGACGAUCCUCGCCACGUGGCCGAAGCGAUUCGACCUGUGGAACCAGCUUGCUGACCUCGAGAUCUCGGCGGCCGAACCGGACACCACGGCAAUCAGGGAUGUCUUUGAGAGAGGCACCAAGGCCAAGGGCCUCAAGCCCAAGAAGGCGAUGAAGUGGUUCAAGCGGUGGGCCGAGUGGGAGCAGAAGCUGAGCCCGAAGGGCCGGGACAAGGUGAUGGCCAAGGCUCAAGAGUGGGUUGCGGCGGCCAAGGCCAAGAAGGGCGCAGCGGCCGAAGCGGAUGACGACGAGGAGUAA